UGCGCACUCGCGACACACGGCCAGUGGUGCCGCUCUGACUAGCAAGCGCGGACGUGCAACAUGAGGACCAGUGCCGGAAUAACUUGUCUACUCGCCUGCGUUGCUUUUGUCAACGCUGGCAUUCUGCUUGAGCAUGCGCCUGAGUGUCCGGAACAAUACGGAGUACAGGCGUACGCGCAUCCUGAACUAUGCGAUCAAUUCUUCCUCUGCACCAACGGGACCCUGACGGUCGAGACCUGCGAGAAUGGUCUGCUGUUCGAUGGCAAGGGCGCUGUGCACAACCACUGCAACUACCAUUGGGCGGUCGAUUGCGGACAAAGGAAAGCUGACUUGGUCCCCUACUCUUCUCCCGGCUGCGAGUUCCAGUUCGGCAUCUACCCCGACAGCGAAGAGUGCUCCACCAGUUACGUCAAGUGCGCCUACGGUAUCCCUGAGCAGGAGCCUUGCACCCCUGGUCUGGUCUACGACCACCGAACCCAUGGAUGCAACUGGCCUGAUCUAUUGCAGCCGUUCUGUAACCCUGAAGCGGUCAUCGGCUUCAAGUGCCCGACGAAAGUGCCUGCCAACACGCAAUCCGCCAAGUUCUGGCCCUUCCCCCGCUUCCCCGUGCCCGGCGACUGCCACCGCCUGAUCACCUGCGUGGAGGGCCAGCCCCGUCUCAUCACCUGCGAGGAGGGCAAGGUGUUCGACGACCAGAACCUCACCUGCGAAGACCCCGAGCUCGUACCUCACUGCGGACACGCGUGAUUGCGUCAUGAUUGUGUUGCAAUACGAAAAUUUUUACUUUUGUGUUAUUUCUUUCUGCCAAGCGAAUUGUUUGACAACGAAUUAGGGUAAAAGUAAUACUUCAUUAUAUACUAUUCAUAAAUUUAUAAGUAAAAUGUUAUUUAUUUCGCUGCGACUAAAUAAAUAACUAAAAACAAAACUAAACUAAAAUAUGAUUUACCUUUUUAUGAAGGUAGGUAACCACUAUUUCAUGAAUUCUAUAAGCAACAGUGCCAAGACUCCAACGUGACGUAACUCGUUCAUAAUUUUCGUUUUGCAAUGUAGUUAUUUCUAGCAAUUAAUUUUAAUACACCGUCCAUUUAUGAGUAAUUUUAAAUCCGACAUGAAAACGUCUUUUACAAAAUUACAAAGCAAUCAAUUGACUUUUUUACUGAAACCUAUUUAUUUCCAUAUAAAAGAUGGUAAUAAGUUACCUAUGUAAAGCUUCCUAAAACUUGUAUGUUACCUGUAACAAAGUUGCCAAAUGCAGAUAAUUCGUGAUAUUAGUUACCGUAGAUAUGUAUGUUUUUAUACGUCAAAGUUUAUAUGUAUUUAUUAUGUACACUUCUGUAAAUAGAUCAGCAAAAAGAUGGAUAUGUAAAUAGGAAAAUAAAAUAUCUAAAUA